ACUCUGCCUGCUGCAUCCUGACUCCGACCCUGCACAAGGCCGGCCGGGGGACAGAAGACAGCAGGCCCCAGUGCCAGUGUGCGAGAGGCCUGGAGGAAGUGGGUCAGUGCAGGGCUGCGAGGGAGCCAGGCUGGCCCUGGCCCUGCCCUGCCCCUCCUCUCCUCCGCUCACCCCAAAAUAGCUCCCUGAGGAGCCGGGCCAAGACCCUCCCAUCGAGGGAGGGGGUGGGGCAAGCUGCCCGGAGCCAGGCUUUAAAGCACCAGCCGGCCGGGGAUCUCCACUCCCUGGUUGGAGGCACCGCUCAGGCCGCCCGUCUGCACAAGCCAGUCCGGCCCACCCUCUCGCAGCCAUGUCCCGGCCCCUGACAGACCAGGAGAAGAGAAAGCAGAUCAGUGUGCGUGGCCUGGCCGGUGUGGAGAAUGUGACCGAGCUGAAGAAGAACUUCAACCGUCACCUACACUUCACCCUCGUGAAAGACCGCAAUGUGGCCACCCCGCGAGACUACUACUUCGCGCUGGCCUACACGGUGCGCGACCACCUCGUGGGCCGCUGGAUCCGCACGCAGCAGCACUACUAUGAGAAGGACCCCAAGAGGAUCUACUACCUGUCUCUGGAAUUCUACAUGGGCCGGACGCUGCAAAACACCAUGGUGAACCUGGCGUUGGAGAACGCCUGUGACGAGGCCACCUACCAGCUGGGCCUGGACAUGGAGGAGCUGGAGGAAAUCGAGGAGGACGCAGGGCUGGGCAACGGGGGCCUGGGCCGGCUGGCGGCCUGCUUUCUGGACUCAAUGGCAACACUGGGCCUGGCUGCCUAUGGCUACGGGAUCCGCUAUGAGUUUGGGAUUUUUAACCAGAAGAUCUCUGGGGGUUGGCAGAUGGAGGAGGCUGAUGACUGGCUUCGCUACGGCAACCCCUGGGAGAAAGCCCGCCCCGAGUUCACGCUGCCGGUGCACUUCUAUGGCCGAGUGGAACACACCAGCCAGGGGGCCAAGUGGGUGGACACACAGGUGGUGUUGGCCAUGCCUUACGACACGCCCGUGCCUGGCUACCGCAACAACGUCGUCAAUACCAUGCGCCUGUGGUCUGCCAAAGCCCCCAAUGACUUCAACCUCAAGGACUUCAAUGUGGGUGGCUACAUCCAGGCUGUGCUGGACCGCAACCUGGCUGAGAACAUCUCUCGGGUCCUAUACCCCAACGACAACUUCUUUGAGGGGAAGGAGCUGCGGCUGAAGCAGGAGUACUUCGUAGUGGCUGCCACGCUCCAGGACAUCAUCCGCCGCUUCAAGUCCUCCAAGUUUGGCUGCCUCGACCCUGUGCGCACCAACUUCGAUGCCUUCCCGGAUAAGGUGGCCAUCCAGCUCAAUGACACCCACCCCUCCUUGGCCAUCCCUGAGCUGAUGAGGAUUCUGGUGGACCAGGAGCGACUGGAGUGGGAAAAGGCAUGGGAAGUGACUGUGAAGACUUGUGCCUACACCAACCACACGGUGCUGCCCGAGGCCCUGGAGCGCUGGCCUGUGCACCUCAUAGAGACCCUGCUGCCGCGGCACCUCCAGAUCAUCUAUGAGAUCAACCAGCGCUUCCUUAACCGGGUGGCGGCCGCGUUCCCAGGGGAUGUAGACAGACUGCGGCGCAUGUCGCUGGUGGAGGAGGGCGCGGUGAAGCGCAUCAACAUGGCACACCUAUGCAUUGCCGGGUCUCAUGCCGUCAAUGGUGUGGCUCGCAUCCACUCGGAGAUCCUCAAGAAGACCAUCUUCAAGGACUUCUACGAGCUGGAGCCUCAUAAAUUCCAGAAUAAGACCAAUGGGAUCACCCCUCGGCGCUGGUUGGUUAUGUGUAACCCUGGGCUGGCAGAAGUCAUUGCUGAGCGCAUUGGAGAGGAAUACAUCGCUGACCUGGAUCAGCUACGCAAACUGCUCUCCUACGUGGACGAUGAAUCCUUUAUCCGGGAUGUGGCCAAAGUGAAGCAGGAAAACAAGUUAAAGUUCUCUGCGUACCUGGAGAAGGAAUACAAAGUCCACAUCAACCCCAACUCGCUCUUUGAUAUCCAGGUGAAGCGGAUUCACGAAUAUAAACGCCAGCUCCUCAACUGCCUCCAUGUCAUCACACUGUACAACCGUAUCAAGAAGGAACCCAAUAAGUUUUUUGUGCCUCGGACUGUGAUGAUUGGAGGGAAGGCCGCCCCUGGGUACCAUAUGGCCAAGAUGAUCAUCAAACUCAUCACAGCCAUUGGGGAUGUGGUCAACCAUGACCCGGUGGUGGGAGACCGCCUCCGCGUGAUCUUCCUGGAGAACUACCGAGUCUCGCUGGCUGAGAAAGUGAUCCCGGCCGCUGACCUCUCCGAGCAGAUCUCUACUGCAGGCACUGAAGCGUCAGGCACUGGCAACAUGAAGUUCAUGCUCAACGGGGCUCUGACCAUUGGCACCAUGGAUGGGGCCAACGUGGAGAUGGCAGAAGAGGCAGGAGAGGAGAACUUCUUCAUCUUCGGCAUGCGGGUGGAGGACGUGGAAAGGCUUGACCAGAGAGGGUACAACGCCCAGGAGUAUUAUGACCGGAUUCCUGAGCUUCGGCACGUCAUUGACCAACUGAGCAGUGGCUUCUUCUCCCCCAAACAGCCUGACCUAUUCAAGGACAUUGUCAACAUGCUCAUGCACCAUGACCGGUUUAAAGUCUUUGCGGAUUAUGAAGAGUACGUUAAAUGCCAGGAGAGAGUCAGUGCCCUGUACAAGAACCCGAGAGAAUGGACGCGGAUGGUGAUCCGGAACAUAGCUACCUCUGGCAAGUUCUCCAGUGACCGCACCAUUGCCCAGUACGCCAGGGAGAUCUGGGGCGUGGAGCCGAACCGCCAGCGCAUGCCGGCCCCAGAUGAGAAGAUCUGAGCCUCUAGACCAGACCCAAACCUGCCCCUGAGUCUGUUUGCAGUCGCUUGGGCCAGCUCCAGCUCCUCGUCCAGAGGGUGGGGUACUGGAGUUAGAUCUCUAACCCUCUUCUUGGAACCCCCAUUUCCCAUCAGCCUCGAGCGGCCAGUGUUCAGCGUGAUGAAGGACACUGCUCCCAUCCUGUCCUCGGGCUCCCCAGCCCCUCCUGUUUACGGGUCUGACCAACUGCACCCACUCCCCAAUAAAUUGAUUCUCCUGGGGAGCCUCCUUA